AGAUGAGUGACGUGGAAUAAAAGAGCAGAAGAGCCAAUCUAUCAAUACGAUACGAUCGAUCAGCUCCCUCUGUGGUUCAAGUCAAGUCACCACCACGAGACUCUUUCUGAGUCGCAAACUCAGCAGCAAUGGCGGCCACUAGAGUGAUAGCCACAGUAGUCUCAACCAACACCACCACCACUGCUUUACUGUUCAGAGGUCCAUUGCGAAGAUCCAACGGCCUAAGUCUCUGCUUCAACACCAAUAACAACAGCAGAUUGGUUCCUAAGAGGAGGUCCUUCACUUGCACUGCUCUUUACAAGCCUGAUAUUCACAUCAAGGAAGAAGGCCAACCUCAAACCCUAGACUUCCGAGUCUUCUUCCUCGACAAUUCCGGCAAAAAGGU